AUGGUGCUUGAGCCAUGCAUCGGCGGACAGGGUGGUAUUGCAACUGUCAAAAGGUUCUCUGCCGUGGUUUGUGGCUCCGUGAGUUCGGUGGUCAACCCAGCCAAGAUACGCGAAGCAGCCCUCCAAGUCAUCCGCCUCGCCAACGUGCCAAUGAGAGCGGCGUGGAUGAGAGAUGGCUUCGAACAUGAGACAUGUCGGGAGCACCAGUUUAGGCCAGGGGAAGCGUCUCGAUCGCACAGCCAUCAAUUCCUGUUCGACUAUUUCAAAAAUAGUUUAGCCAGAGCCGUAUCAUGCGGGCAAUCCAUCAGACUUCUGAAGCUGGAUUCAAGAUCCUCUCUGGACUUCUGCACAAAUUAUGUGGUGCGUCCGUAG